ACAUACCUGUGUGUAUCUCUUUCUUAAAGAUAUGGACGUUGGUAGUUGGUUACCUGCUGAUGGUUUCAUUCAAGUGGAAUAUAAGCACUGAACGUUACUUGAAAGCAAUCUCAGUCCCUGUCUGGAUUAUGCUGCUCUUUCACUUAGCUUCUGUGGCAGGUUCCUGGAGAAUUCCUGUGUUUCUGGUUAUAGUUGUUCUGAUGACUGUAGGCAUGUUGCAUGAACAGCAGAAUGGGAAGGAGUCUUCUGGGGCAGAGCUUCCUGGUCAGAUGAUUUCCAUUGCUGCUUCAACAAUUGCCAUGGCAAUUUCAAUGACAGAAGAUGAGUCCAAUAAUGAACGUUCCUCACAACCCUCAGAAAUCUACACUGGUGUUCUACAAAAGAAGAGUGUUUAUCCAGUGUGUGAGGCUGCAGAAUUUGUCACUUACCACUCCUGCACACGAGCAACAGAAGGUGAUCAGCCUCCACAUGCUUCAUCAUCUUUCUCCUCCUCUUCAUCCUCUUCUGGGAGCAGACAGAGACCUGAGAUUGGAUCUUUUCUUAGAAAAAAGAAAACUAGUGAUAUAUACUUUGUUACACUUGUGUGGGCCAUUGUCAUUGUCCAGAUCUGGCUGAAUUUCUGGAUUGUGCAGCUAUUGCCAGUGCCUUUUGCAGUUUGGGCACUUAAAAAACUCGUGGUUCACUUUGGAGUUUUGAACUUCAUGGCAAACCAUUGCAAAAGUUGGUGGCAACUUGUUGAAAAUUUUGUGAAGGAACGUCAGGAAGCUCUUGCUCCACGGCCCAUCAGAGGGCUUGGAAGAGUCAUGCUAAAGCUUGACAGUAAGAUGAUCGUGUGGUUGGAGAAAAUGCUAGAUAAAAUAAUCAGCAUUUUCAUAAUAUUUUUGCUAGUGAUAGGAACCCUUCUGCUAGCCCUGCUCCUUACUGCAAAGGUACAUCAAGAGAGUGUUCACAUGAUUCAAGUCACAAGCAGCUUGAUCAAUGAGACAGUAGCCAGUCACCCAGAAUGGGCAAACUGGCUCCCAGAAGCCCAGGUUAUUCAGAAGGCACUCAAUUCAGCAGCUAAUAACGUAUACCAGUAUGGCCGAGAAUGGAUUACACAUAAGCUAAAUAAGAUUUUAGGAGAAAAAGUGAAUAACACCGCUGUGAUUGAAAAACAAGUGCUAGAGCUCUGGGACAGGCUUUAUCACUCUUGGUUUGUGAAGAAUGUAACACAUUCUGGAAGACACAAGGGACACAAAUGGCACAUAAACCGUCAAAGCAGCUGGCUUGGUGAUAUUCUGGACUGGCAAGAUGUUGCGUCAUUUGUUCAUGAUAACAUUGAAACAUUUCUUUCAAUCCUGGAGUCUCUGUGGAUAGUGAUGAGUCGCAAUGUGAGCCUCUUGUUUACUACAGUUACAACAUUAGUGACAAUCCUUUUCCAUAGUGGGACAGCUCUUCUCAAUUUUGUGCUUUCAGUGGUGAUUUUUCUGACCACACUGUUCUACCUAUUGAGUUCCAGUGAUGAGUACUACAAGCCAGUAAAGUGGGUGAUAAGCCUGACACCUUUGUCUCAGCCAGGUGCCUCCUCAAAUAUAGUUGGCCAAUCUGUGGAGGAAGCAAUAAGAGGUGUAUUUGAUGCUUCCCUCAAAAUGGCUGGGUUCUAUGGACUCUACACUUGGCUAACUCACACUAUAUUUGGGAUUAACAUAGUCUUCAUACCAUCUGCAUUAGCAGCAAUCCUUGGAGCAGUGCCGUUUCUGGGGACGUACUGGGCAGCCAUCCCUGCAGUCCUAGAUUUAUGGCUUGUGCAAGGACAGGGAUGCAAAGCCGUUUUGCUCUUGGUUUUUCACCUCUUGCCAACCUAUUUUGUAGAUACAGCAAUUUAUUCAGAUAUAUCAGGAGGUGGUCAUCCUUACCUGACAGGUCUUGCGGUAGCUGGUGGAGCAUAUUACCUGGGACUGGAAGGAGCCAUCAUAGGACCAAUUCUACUUUGUAUACUUGUGGUUGCUUCCAACAUAUAUAGUGCCAUGUUGGUGAGUCCAACAAAUUCAGUGCCCACUCCAUCACAAGCAGCAUGGCCAUUACAGAUUUACCGGUCAUCUAGAGAGAGUCCUGAGGAGAUGAAAACGGCUGCAGAGUGAUGAAGGUGCCUGUGCCGCACCUAUUCAACAUGAGAGAAUCGCUGUCUUCUGUCUUGAGUUCACAACAGCCAUGGCCGUCUGUCCUUUUCCAGCUGUGCCAAGGGGCAGUUCACAGGGAAGCAUAGCUUGGGUUUUAGGAGAAACCACUUCUCAAACAUCUGCUGGCCUUGCGUUAUUGUGCACUUUGCCUCUUCAAGAGAGAAUGUCUACUUCCCACGGCUUUGCAUACUAACACACAAUUCAACUGCCUUGUUGAAGACCUUGAAGACCUUCUGUCUUCCUAAAAAGAAUGGUUAAGAGGACAGGUAUAUCCACUGGAGUCAUUAUCUGCUGAAAUGACUAACUUGGCUUUUAUUUAUUGGGUUAUUUGUGUUAUUAAAUUGUAGUAGCUUUAAAGAAAGCUAAUUCCAAAAUAUUUAUUCUCAGUUAAUCUGGUGGCAAAAAAGGUGUAAACCACUCAACUGUUAAACGAAAGUAGAAUAUAAUUAUUUGCUGCUCCUUGAAGUAUUUCUUAGAGGCUUUGACCAUCAUCUGUAACUUAUAAUAACACCUAAAUACUAUCUUCUUACACACACUGAAAUUGAAUGUUGUUGGAGACUGGUAUUUCUAAUAUCUUCCUGAAAUUAGUAGACAUGCAAAUUGUUAAAUGUGGGUUUUCCUCAUAUUGAAAUAGGAGGAGUUGUUUAAAUAGUUUAAAUCUUGCCCUCAUUUGCAGUGAAAUCUGAUAGUAUUUUGCUGCUUACUCACCAUCCCAGUGGAGUCAUCUUGUCAACUAAAUUUAAUCAAAGGCCUUAAGUGUUUUCAGGCAGAGGUAAUGUACGAUUGUCAACGUCUACUUCCGGUAAUAGGAAGAAGCUGAAUGGGGAUUGUUUAAUGUUGGUUUUCAAAUGCUGUGGCUGAGUUCAGUUAAACUUAAAUUUGUUUGAAAAGUUACUUCCAAAGAGGAAGGAGAGAGAGCAUGGAUUUUGUUUUAGUUUAGUUUGGUGGUUUUCCCCUGUAAGCCUCUGGCCAAAUAUCUUAAGAAGAUAUAUCUUAAUAUAUAAGAUAGAUUUUAAUAAUAAACAAAGUUCUUAAAUUCCUGAAAUGGUGUGUUGCCUAGGUCACAGCAUCAAACUACUCUAGGGUUUUUCUUCCAUACGUAAUUUUGCUUAAAUUGCAGUUUUGGUGACAAUUAAGGCCUUUUGUACUGAUUGUUGAAAUAUUUUGACACAAUGGAUCUUUAUAAAUGGAUCCUUUUUAUAAAUAGGAAGUGGGGGUUUUGGUAGAAAUUUCGUACUUGAACAGCUUUUCCACAAAUACAGUGAGACCCUAGGUACAAAGUAGCAGAUGCACAUGCUUAACCAAAGAACUACCUUCCAGUUUCUAGUAAUUUCCCUUGAAUUUAUUUCGGAGUUUGAUUGAUAGUGAGUUAGACAAAAUACAGGCAUGCCUUGCAUUUAUUGUUGACGGUAAUGCAACUGUUGGAACAAAAACCUGUUCUUAUCUAGGGAUAAGGAUAUCUAAGAUUUGUGUACAAACAGCUCUCGGUAACUCAGAUGUUUGUUUUACUCAAGUUGCAGAAGUGCUGACAGAUUUGGAAGGCUCCUAUUUUCAUGAUACUGCAUGUAUUUUUACAUUGUUUCUAAAACUACAUUGCCAUAGGAAGUGAUUGGAAGGUACUCUGAUACUUACUAAGCAAGAAAGUCCUGGUACAGGUUUGCAAUAAACAGGCUGCCUAUUAAGACACAAAUAGCCUACUCCUCAGAUUCUCAAAAUUAGCCACUGCAAUUUUACUGAUGAAAUUUUAUGCUUAAAUGGGGGGUUUCAAGCACGCUGUUUUUGCACUUGCAAACCUGCAGGUAUGUGUUUGGAGGACAGACUCAGGCUUGAUUUAGCAGUUUGACUCGAGUUCAUUGAAAGACAGAAACAUCCCAUGUAGUAUUUUAAAUUCUGAAGGACCUACACAUCAGUUCCAACUAACUGAAUAGGAAGGAUGUAUUGCUUGAGUUAAGUAACUGUCCUGUAUUUUAAUUUCCUUGGUUUUGUGGAUCACAUAAAAGCUUUAAUGAAAUACGUUUUUAUAAUUUUUG